AGGCGAUUGAUCUUCAGCGAUGUCGUUCAUUUUCGAAUGGAUCUACAACGGCUUCAGCAGCGUGCUGCAGUUUUUAGGUUUGUACAAGAAGUCUGGAAAACUCGUGUUCCUGGGCUUGGAUAACGCCGGCAAAACCACCCUGCUGCACAUGCUGAAAGACGACAGGCUGGGCCAGCAUGUCCCGACACUACACCCCACAUCGGAGGAGCUGACGAUCGCUGGAAUGACCUUCACAACUUUCGAUCUGGGUGGACACGAACAAGCUCGGCGGGUCUGGAAGAACUACCUGCCGGCCAUCAACGGCAUCGUCUUCCUGGUGGACUGCGCCGAUCACUCGCGUCUUAUGGAAUCCAAAGUUGAGCUUAAUGCGCUAAUGACAGAUGAAACAAUAUCCAACGUGCCAAUCCUUAUUUUGGGUAACAAAAUCGACAGACCAGAGGCCAUCAGCGAGGAGAAACUGCGGGAGAUCUUUGGGCUCUACGGACAGACCACGGGAAAGGGCAACGUGCCGCUGAAGGACCUGAACGCGCGCCCCAUGGAGGUGUUCAUGUGCAGCGUGCUGAAGAGGCAAGGCUACGGCGAAGGCUUCCGCUGGUUAUCGCAGUACAUUGACUGAUAUUUGGACGGACACGAGAGCGUGUUACUCCUCUGGACUGAUCCUGUUCACAGCUUCCUACGGACUUUUCUUAUUAGAACAUGGGAAGGUUUUUUUUCUGCCCGCGUCCUGGCACUGGCCAAGAGACUCCUGGUUUUCGGCUGCCCUGUGGCACAGUGGUGACACAACUCUUUUCCACGUGACAGGGAGACAGCACACGGGUGCGAGUUGUUCCCUUCCGUUCAGUUACAGCAGGGCUGGUGUGAUCAGGGGAGUAAAACCCUGCAGGCUGCACAGUAACGGCUGAAAAAGAGAGCGCGUCUCACCACUGAAGUU